AUGGAUUUUGACUACGACAACUUGGAAGACCCGUACACUGCCGAGCAGUACGAAUGGCUAAAAAAUUGGUGGAAGCUGGAGUGCACAGAGACCGACAACAUGGAUUCGUUAAGGAAGAAACACAUCGAGGAAAUUCUUAAGUUACAGAUUCAAGUAAAAGAUCACGAGACAGAAAACCAGGGACUAAGGCAACAAAUUGAUGGGCUGUUCUACGAGCUUCAGUUUGUCUGCUCGCAAAAGGAUCAACUUGCACUUGAAAAGGAAACUAUUGCAUUGAAACUGAAGGAGGAAGAAUCAAUACAUCGUGGUGUAGUGGAGAAACUUGAGGAACAGGUACAUUCCAUGCAGAUUAUUUUAACAGAUUUGGAAGACCAGAUAGCCAAGAAAGAAAAUAUGCGUCAGAAUCUACUCAAAAACCUCGAAAAUCAGGAGCAAAUUCAUCUAAAAGAAAUGGAUCAGUUGAAGCUGAAUCUUGAGAACAAAAACCAAGAUGACAUCACUUGCUCCAUCUGUUUGGUGGCUUGGGACGUUAGUGGCAGCCACCGACUCGUCUCCUUGUCUUGUGGACAUCUUUUUGGCGACUCCUGCAUUAGAUCCUAUUUGAACCGAUCUAGGGAAUGCCCAACAUGCCGGAAACCGUGCGAUCAUACUCAUCUUCGUUAUAUAUACGGCCGUCACAUACUGCCCAACCAAUAA